CUGUUCAUCACCAACACAGAAGCACUAUCUGUCUUCAGAUGCAGGGACUUAGCUGUGUAAGUGGCGCAAGCACAUGGACCGUACGUGGGAAGAGAGUGCUCAGAGAACAGACUCACAGGUGUUGCAGGCACAGAACGGCUUCCCAGAGGACGCAAGUGAAGAUGGACUCUCUGAAAGCUUCCGGCUUCUGCAGAUAGAUGUGGAAUACGAGCCCCGGGAGGAAGAGGCCAGCCCUGCAAACAGUGCAGCAUGGAGCUCGAAAAAUGUGCAGAGAAAACAGAGACGCUGGGAAAGGAUAGUCUCCUCAAAGAAGAGCAAAAGGAAGCAGGAAAAAGAGAGGAGGCGAGCCAGGCGUGCAGAGCAUCCAGACGACGACGGCACCUGCCCACAGCACAGCAAACGUUUCUUGAAAGCCUUAACCAAAGAGAGACUUUUGGAAGCCAAACACUCAGGACCAAGACUGUGUGUCGACUUGAGCAUGACCCACCACAUGUCAAAAAAGGAACUGAGUCGGUUGGCUGGACAGAUCCGAAGGUUGUACGGUUCCAACAAGAAAGCCAGCAGGCCCUUUUGGCUGUGCCUCACUGGAUUCUCGGCUGGCAGUCCCCUCUACGAAGAGUGCUUGAGGAUGAAUGAUGGGUUCUCUUCCUACUUGCUCGACGUGAUGGAAGAAGACUGCGUGAGCUGCUUUCCCCUGGAAGCACUUGUGUACCUGACUCCUGACUCGGAGCACCCUCUUGAAGACAUUGAUCUAAACACAGUUUAUGUUAUUGGUGGACUUGUGGAUGAAAGCAUUCAGAAGAAGGUGACAUUUCAAAAGGCCCGAGAACACUCUGUCAAGACAGCCCGCUUGCCAAUCCAGGAAUACAUGGUCAGGCGCCAGAAUGAGAAAAACUACCAUUCAGAAAUACUAGCCAUCAAUCAAGUGUUUGAUAUCCUGUCCGCUUACUUUGAGACUCACAACUGGCCUGAAGCCUUGAAGAAAGGAGUUUCUCCAGGAAAAGGCUAUGUCCUCCAGGACUCAGUGGAAUGACAGGCAGCCUAAGAUGCCAGCUGCAGGAGGGAAAGUGCCGGAAGUGUGGUAACCAAAGGACCAGGCAAAGGGUGCCAACGGCACAGAUUGUCCUUUACUUACUAUCUUGGAUCUUUGAAAGCCAUCAACAGCAAGGGCAUUUUAUGCUUUGUGUCACCCACAAUGUCUGGCUCACUGGAAGUGCCCUGAUAAAAUAUUAUGGUUAAAGAAAAAAUUAUGUAUUAAGGAAUUGUCAAAAUAUAUGGCAUUUUGAAUGUUAAUUCAUUUUGGGUGUUACAUUUAUCUCUAUUCGUGAAGGGUCUUCUUUUAGAGAUGUUUAUAUGAUUGUUAGAGGUUUUCACUGAACUUGAAUAAAAUUACUUUUCUAUCACCUAUAAGUGUGCUGAUUUUCACGAGCUCAGGCAUAUGCUGCACAUAAGCUUCCCUGCCCUGGCCUGCCCUUCUUUAAGCCUCUGUUCUUUCCUGUAGCUCUCAUCCUACCAGUGAUUAAGGUCACUGAGGGCUCCUCCCUUCUAGUCUGUAUAAAUAGCUUUGUGUAGCCUUCUGAGCCUUUGUAUACAUCUAAUAAAAAGCAAGCAUGUUAUCAUUGGUAAAUCCAGCACAGAGAAGCCAGAAAAGAAUGCUGCGCUCCGACAGACCAACACCU